AUGUCUCCCACGAAGGCCCGCGAUCCGAUUCCCGUGAAGGAGAGAAAUAAAGCUUACUACCAGCUGAAGUUUACUCAUGGCCUUCCACCAGGAACGGAUAGCUUUGACCAAUUUGAGAAAAAUCCACGACAUCCUCGUGCGCCAGCAACGCCAAAACGGGAGCUUCCUGCCUUGCCUCCCCUUUCCGAGCGUCACGGAAAAUGGAUUUCCAAAUACCUCGAUACACUCGAUCCCGAAACCGAAUACGACCAGAUCAUCCGAACGGCAAUGUGGUUCUACGGAGGCGAUUUCCAGACUGCUAUAGGAUACGCUUGUGUCUUUGUGUGGCUAGUGACGACCCCUGCAGGAGCUGCCGCAAUACACGGCAGGAAAGUCACGGUUCGAGGCCAUCAGAGAUACUACGAAACACAGAUGUUCAACCUGCAUUGGGUCCACUGGGGCUCGGGAUCCGCUGAGACACGAGAAUACUGCGAGAAGAUCAAUAGGACACACGCUCAAGUCUGGAAAUCCGUGCCAGGUGCUUUCGCCCACCCCUGGGAAGCUCAGGCUGCCAUAAUUCUUCUGUCCUGGUAUGAGCAAUUCAUGAGACGGACUGUCGGUGCGAGCAACGAUAUGCAUCCUCAGGUACAGAUGGCUUGGCCAGCAUGGGGUGAGCGCGUGACCGGCUGGUUCAAAGCCGAGCCUGGUGACGGAUCCCUUUCCUUUGGUAUCAACUACCCUCGCGAUUUCAAAGAGGUCGAAGAAUUCUGCGAAUGGUAUUGUAAUUUCGACUUUGACGAUCAGCGGAACGCAGAAGAUAUUCAGAAGACUCAUGAGACGGCCGAGUCCUUUAUACACCAGUUUUGUGAAUUGUGGUUUCCAAGACAUCUUCAAUUCCUCGGCCGAGGCAUUAUCUUAACCUUGUUGCCAAAGAAUAUUCGCAGAAAGGCAAGGCUGGAGGAUCCACAUUUCGUCUUGAAGAUUUUUACAAAGUUUGCCUUUCGAGCUAUAUUUGAAUUACAAGACUGGAUGAGCGAUCCAGUCCAGCCCCCGAUCGCCAAUUUCUAUAAGGAUAUACAGGAAUGGGAUCUCAGCAAGAUUGACGCUCGUGAGACAGGGUACCGCGAUCAACAGGCUCACCGUCUUCAGCUUUUUGGACGGACUGUAGCGUUUUGCGUACUUGGUUUCCUGGUGUUGCUUUACUACAUCAGGCGUUGA